AUGGCGGACGCGACGGCGACGGACGGACGCGACGCCGGGACGAAGACGUGGGCGCGCGCGAUGGGCGGGGGUGAUUGCGUGCGCCACGGUGCGGUGCGGGGGGGGGUGGAGGUGCGUCGAACGCGCGACGGGACGCGAAUGGGUUUGAAUCGAAUCGACUGGGGGUUGAACUCUGAAUUCGACGUCGAUGGGGUCGGUGAGGCGUCGUUCGCGCGCGCGCGGUUGGAGCCGACGCGCGCGCUCACGACUGGUUUGGUCGCGACGUACACGGCGAUCAACGACAAGUACUACGCGGUGUUGGGAACGAGGAAGAAACUGAGCGAACGCACGCCCCCGUCGAGCCCGCCGAGAUCGAGGGAUAGGCGGACGAGCGAGACGUCGGCGACGGAGGCGUGGUCGUCGCCGUCGAGACGACGAGAGCUCGUCAAUCCCAGAGAGGUGGCGCACGAGAGGUACCUGCUCGAUAAAGUUCUCGGUAGUGGUUCGUUCGGAAAGGUUGUGCUCGCGUACGAUUUAGCCGACGAUAAGCACGUGGCGAUCAAGGUGAUCGAGCGCACGCGUCGGACGGAGACGACGGUGCGCCAAGAGAUUGAUUUUUUACGAGAGAUCAACGACGGACCGAACGGCGGAGACGAGGAGAGUUCGUCGGAAUCAAACGUCGAUCAUCACUCGCGACGGGUGCGAGGGAAAGAAACGUGCGUACGUCUCUUGGACGUCUUCACGCAUCUCCCGGAGAAGGAAAACGGCGGGUUCCAGUGCUUGGUGUUUGAGAUCAUGUCGCACUCGCUGUACGACUUACUUCGCGUCACCAAUCUGAGAGGGGUCUCCAUAAAGCUCGUGAGGAAGCUGAGCGUUCAAGUACUAUACGCUCUGGAGUACAUCGGAUCGUUCGGCAUCAUUCACUGCGACAUCAAGCCGGAGAAUGUGUUGUUGUGUCACCCGGAGAGGAGCGCGGUGAAACUCAUCGAUUUCGGUAGCGCGUGCAAGUGCGGGAAAAAACAGUUUUCGUACGUUCAAUCUAGAUUUUACAGAGCUCCGGAGGUGAUAUUAGGAAUGGAAUAUGGGAGAGGGAUCGACAUGUGGAGCGCUGGAUGCAUGUUCUACGAGCUUCGCGCGGGCACGCCACUCUUCAUGGGUUGGAGCGAGCACGACCAGUUGUGCAAGAUGGAGGCUACGCUCGGGAAGUUUCCGAGCUCGAUGUACAAAAAGAUUCCUAUGGAGUACCGCAAGCGGUACUUUGACGAACGCGGGAUGACGAAGCCGUCGCCAGAGGUUUUGCGCGCGGCGAGGAAGAGUAACACGCAAGUUCCCGAGCCCGGGUCGCGUCCUCUCGCGAAAGUCUUACACAAAGAUUUGACCAAGCACGCGUCGGACACGGACGUGAGACCUCGCCAGGAUCACGGUGAGGGCGGGUUGAUGCACUCCGCGGAACACGAGCGGAAGAUGCGCGAGGCGGCGAGCGUCGUGGACGACAGCACGGCUGCCGAGAAUGAAAUUUUGCUCUCCCUCAUCUCGCGAAUGGUCGCCUUGGAUCCGGCGCGGCGAAUAACCCCAGAGCAAGCGUUGGCGCAUCCGUUCUUUUACCCAGUAGCCGGUAAGAUGGGAAUAGAGGGAUCGAUCAACGUCAACGCGCUCCAGAAACGUCUGUCUAGCAUCCCAGACAUGAGCGGCGUCGACGCGCUCAAUCUCCGCGAGUCAAACGUGAGCGCCGGCAUCGGUCGGCGCUUCACGUUCGACUCCCAGACGGGUUGA